AUGACAGCUCAGAUUUUGGAUGGGAAGGCCAUAGCAUCGGAUCUUCGUAGCAAGAUCCAUGACGAAAUCGCCCAAUUCCAAAUCAAGCAUGGCGAUUUCAGGCCCCACUUGUCGAUAAUCCAAGUUGGCGCCAGACCAGACUCGUCAACUUAUGUCAAGAUGAAGUUGAAAGCAGCUCAAGAAGCCAAUAUCGAGUGCGACAUCAUCAGUUUGCCAGAAGACGUCACCGAGUUUGAGCUUUUGAACCAAGUUGCAAAAUUGAACGGCUCGUUAGACGUCGAUGGUAUCUUGGUGCAAUUACCCUUGCCUCAGCACAUUGACGAGACAAAAGUCACCAAUGCCGUUUUGGCCAACAAGGACGUGGACGGGUUUGGACCUUUCAACGUGGGCGAGUUGGCUAAAAAAGGGGGCGAGCCUUUAUUCUUACCCUGCACACCAAAGGGAAUCAUGCACAUGUUGCAAGUUUCAGGGGUCGAUAUCGACGGCAAGAACGCCGUUGUCUUGGGCAGAUCCGAUAUUGUGGGCAAACCAAUCGCCAACUUGUUGACCAAAGCCAAUGCCAAUGUCACCAUUGUCCACUCAAAGACCCCCUUGGACCAAUUGAAAAACUUUUUGAGCAACGCCGACAUUGUCGUUGCCGCAAUUGGCCAAGCUGAGUUUGUCAAGGGCGAAUGGAUCAAACCUGGCGCAGUGGUGGUCGAUGUGGGCACCAAUUUCAUCCCCGAUGACACCAAAAAAUCAGGCCAGAGAAUGGUGGGCGACGUUGAAUUUGAAGCGGCCAAGGAAAAAGCCGAAUUGAUUACACCGGUGCCCGGUGGCGUGGGGCCCAUGACUGUAGCGUGCUUGUUGGAGAAUGUCAUCAUUGCAGCAAAGAGACACUACAAACUUAACAACGAAACUCCUAAAUUCACCAACCCUUUAAAAUUAAACUUGCAAAAACCGGUGCCUUCAGACUUUGAGAUCUCGCGUGCGCAACAGCCAAAGCGUAUCACCCAAGUUGCCGAGGAAGCCGGCAUCUUGGACUCUGAAUUGGAGCCAUUUGGUUUUUACAAAGCAAAAGUCUCGUUGGACAUUUUACAACGUUUGCAGAAUAAAAACAACGGUAAAUACGUCUUGGUGACCGGUAUCACGCCCACGCCAUUGGGCGAAGGUAAAUCCACGACAACUGUUGGUUUGGCCCAGGCGUUGGGGGCCCAUUUAAACAAAAAUGUCUUUGCCAAUGUGAGACAGCCUUCAAUGGGACCCACUUUUGGUAUUAAAGGCGGUGCCGCGGGCGGGGGUUAUUCGCAGGUUAUCCCCAUGGACGAGUUCAACAUGCACGUGACUGGUGACAUCCACGCUAUCACCAUGGCCAAUAACUUGUUGGCUGCAGCGAUCGACACGAGAAUGUUUCAUGAGUCGACGCAAAAGGAUGGUCCUUUGUACAAGAGAUUGGUACCGGAAAAGAAAGGCACGAGAUCAUUCACCAAAUCCAUGUUGAAAAGGUUGGAAAAAUUGGGUAUUGACAAGACCGACCCUAAUGAGUUGACCCCGGAGGAGAUUACCGCUUUUGCUAGAUUGGACAUUGACCCUGAAUCGAUCACUUGGAGAAGAGUCGUUGACUGUAACGAUAGAUUCUUGAGAGGCAUAACCGUGGGUCAAGCACCAAGUGAAAAGGGGUUCACCAGAGCCACUGGGUUUGACAUUACCGUUGCUUCGGAAUGUAUGGCGAUUUUGGCCCUUGCCAACUCGUUGGAAGACAUGAGAGAGAGAUUGGGCAAGAUGGUGAUUGGCUCCUCCAAAAGCGGUGUUCCCGUUACAUGUGAAGAUAUCGGGGCCGCGGGUGCCUUGACUGCAUUGUUGAAGGAUGCCAUCAAGCCAAACAUUAUGCAAACGUUGGAAGGCACACCCGUGUUUGUCCAUGCUGGUCCAUUUGCCAACAUUUCCAUUGGUGCCUCGUCGAUCUUGGCCGAUAAGAUGGCGUUGAAAUUGGCUGGUACUUCGGCCGACUUGACUCCCGAGGAGAAAAAAGAGCAAGAAGGUUAUGUUGUCACCGAGGCAGGGUUUGACUUCACCAUGGGCGGAGAAAGAUUCAUCAAUAUCAAAUGCAGAUCAAGUGGAUUGGUGCCCGAUGUUAUUGUUAUUGUUGCCACCGUUCGUGCAUUGAAAGUGCAUGGAGGUGGACCCGAAGUCAAGGCUGGUGCUCCAUUGGCUCCCGAAUACACUCAAGAAAACGUCGAGUUGUUGAGAGCCGGGUGCUCCAAUUUGGCCAAGCAUAUUGCCAAUGCCAAAUCCUAUGGCUUGCCUGUGGUUGUUGCUAUAAACAAAAUGUCUUCCGACAGUGACAAGGAGCACGAGGUCAUCAAGGAAGAGGCAUUGAAGGCCGGUGCCGUUGACGCCAUUGUGUCGAACCACUGGGAAGAAGGUGGUAAAGGUGCCGUUGAUUUGGCCAAUGGGGUCAUUGAAGCAGCCAACAGCAGCGAUAAAAAUUUCAAUUUCCUUUACGGACUCGAGCCUUCGGUCGAAGAUAAGAUCUCAACCAUUGCUAAGGAGAUGUAUGGUGCAGCAGAGGUUGAGUUCCUUCCUGAAGCGCAAAAGAAGAUUGACUUGUACACCAAGCAGGGAUUUGGCAAGUUGCCAAUUUGUAUCGCAAAGACGCAAUAUUCGUUAUCCCACGAUGCAACUUUGAAAGGUGUACCCACGGGGUUCAAAUUCCCCAUUAGGGACGUGAGAGCUUCUAUUGGAGCUGGCUAUUUGUAUGCCUUGGCUGCCGAGAUCCAAACCAUACCUGGAUUGCCUACCCAUUGUGGAUUUAUGAAUGUCGAAGUGAAUGAAGAUGGCGAAAUCGAUGGCUUGUUUUGA